AAAUAAUUAAAACGAAAGAACUUGCAUUUUUCUGCUGCAAUUUAUCUUGAAAUCAUUAUAAAAAAUAAAGCGUUCAUAUUCCUAUUGUACUUAUAAUGGCGAAUAGCGAUAAUCCAUUUGCUGCCCUUUUGGGUGAAGUAAAAUCUGGUAUAGACAAAAAUCUGAUUGAGGAGAUAUUCUUGUUUACAUUGAAAAAAGAUCAAUCAUCCUCCUCGUCGUCGAAAAACAGAGCCAUUUUAUGUUUGGCUGAUGUUAUCGUAUCUGAUGUCGGUCUAGGCACCGAAAUGGGUGAGGAACUUUUGGGACACGCUAUAUUUGAGCGUUUGAUGCUGACGGACACAAAGGACUAUUUAGUGAAUGGACAACAUGCAAAAGAUGCUCUGGAAAUUGAUACUAUAUUAUAUCUACAUCGUGCAUUUAUUAUUUGCGAACAAGCUAAACAAAGGUUCCCGGAGCGUAGGAAUGAUUGUGAAAAAAUUAAUUCAUUAAUUAUAACAAAUGCUAGUACAUGCAUGCGUCAGCCAGAUUUGUAUCCUGGCCGUACUAUUUGGGAGCAGUGGCGACAAUUGAUGGAAAUGUCUGAAGUUAAUGAUUCUACAGACAUCAUGGAUUUUUUAGUUCAAUGUGUACAAAAAAUAUAUUCGGAUGAUGAACCACUCGAAGCACUGGGAGCAUUAAAAGCUAAUUUUUACCCUUUAUUAAGUAAAAUUCAGACAGAUAUUAGUCAAGCCAAUUUGAUAACAUUAAAGAAGAGUGUAUUUUGGAUGUUAAGUUUCUUUGUACGCGAUAAACGUAUACCCCAAAUGGGUGAAGUAUUAAUUGACUACACCAUGCCCAAUCCUAAUACUAGUGGUGGUGCCUAUAUGGAUACACUUUUCGGUCACCUGUUUAGUUUAUCAAUACUGCCAAAAAACCAAAAUGGACCUUACGAGUUUUGUGGUGAUCUGAGUUUAGAAUCGAAAAGCACGGAUCCCGCAUUAUGGCAAUGCAUGUCUAGUCAUCAAAGUGCCAUAUUCACUAUUAUAAAACAGCUUUUGGUACAAAGCUCCACUACAAAGCAGAAAACUCUACAGUGGUUUUCGAAAUGUCUGCAUGCUAAUGUUGCCCGUGGUCAUCUUUGGAAUAAUUUAAAUGCUGGCCAUAAUAAUUUCGUUCAUCAAAAUGCUAGUGAUGCUUUUAUGAUCGGUCUUACAUCUGUUCUUUUGCGUUUGUGUGCACCACUUUGCGAGCCCUCUAUGAAGGUGUUAUUAGUUGAUCCAACCUAUUGUGCUGUACCUGACGAUGAACGUCAAGCAAAACAAGUUAAUAUGAUUAAGGCAUAUGAAGAGACAUGUUUACUGCCAACGGAAGAGAAUUCUAAGCGUGUUAGCGCAGAAAAAUUCAAUUUUGUAACCGAACUUUUUUUUCUGACACAUAAAGCUUAUGAGCUAAGUUAUCGCGCCGGCAUUGAACGUUUUACCAAAAUGACUCGAGAGCUUCAUAAUUUACGCACAGCUUAUCAAGAUGUCGCCACUUCCGAUCCCAAUAAUGAUAUGGCGAAGAAUUUGAUGCGCAUGUUAAAAGAACAAAUGCAACAAUAUCUAUGUUUGCGUAAUUGUCUAAUGGAACCAGAAAACGAUACGGCGAUUUUAAAAUUCUUUGAAGCUUCGGCUGUUUGGCUGACCGAAAUAGCUCUAAUUUCUUCAGGAGAAUACGAUAAACAAGUGAAGGAGAGUCAUGAUUUUGCACCUCAUUUGAAACAUAAUAGAGAAUUACCAAUAAAAAUUGAAUUUGUACCAGAUACAUUGCGUUGUGUACCAGAAAACAUUAUCGAUAACAUUGUGGCCUAUUUGAAUGUCAGUCGUCAUUUUCCCCCAGGUCAAUUCAUACAAAUGUAUCCUUCGUCACAUGAUGCUUUUUUUAAGAUGAUUGUUCUGUUUAUGGGCAGUUCAGAGUUGGUUAAAAAUCCCCAUUUGCGGGCCAAAUUGGCCGAAGCAUUAGAGUUCUUUUUACCAAAGCGUUCCACAAGUGGAACAUUCCUUUCACAUGUGUUUGACAAUCAUAACGAACGUUUAAAAGUUGUAUCCAGUUUGUUAAAUGUGUUCGUGUCAAUAGAAAUGACUGGUCAGUCCGUGCAGUUUGAACAAAAGUUCAACUAUAGACGACCAAUGUAUGCUAUUAUGGAAUAUCUAUGGAGUAAAGAAGAAUACAUCCAAUGUUUUCGAGAUUUAGCUGUAGAGGCUGAAGAGAAUAUGGAAGCCAUUGAACCGCCAUUGUUUUUACGUUUCAUAAAUUUAUUAAUAAAUGAUGCCAUAUUUUUAUUGGAUGAAUCACUUAACAAUUUGCAACAAAUUCGCCAAUUGCAAGAUGUCCAAAGCAGCGACGAAUGGAAUAGUUUACCACAAAAUGAACGUCAACAAAAUCUGUCAAAUCUACACCAUUUGGGCAUGUUGGCUCGUUUUGAUAAUAUUCUUGGACGCGAUACCAUAAAUGUGCUGAAACUGAUAACCACUGAAAUUAAGAGCAUUUUCUGCCAUAGCAGUAUGGUUGACCGUAUAACCGCCAUGCUAAACUAUUUUCUUUUAAAUUUGGUUGGUCCCAACAAGGAGAAAUUCAAAGUGAAAGAUAAAAAAGAAUUUGAGUUUGAUCCGGCGAAGACAGUGUUGGAAAUUUGUCAUAUUUACAUUAAUCUAAGUAGUAGCGAUAGUUUCUGUUUAGCAGUUUCUCAGGAUGGUCGCUCCUACAGUUCCAGAUUGUUUAUUUAUUCCGAAAAUAUUUUGAUACGCAUUGGUGGCGGUCAACUUAUUGGUGAAAUGGCUGAGUUUGCGUAUAAAGUACAAAGAAUGGAAAGGCAAUAUAAACAGGAGCAAGAAGUAAUGGCCGAUGCUCCAGAAGAAUACCUGGAUCCGAUCAUGUCUACGGUAAUGUUGGAUCCCGUCAUAUUACCCAGCUCCAAUGUAACAGUCGAUCGUUCGACUAUCGCUCGGCAUUUAUUAAGCGAUCAGACCGAUCCGUUCAAUCGUGUUCCCCUAACUAUGGAUAAAGUAAAGCCGAAUGAAGCUCUCAAAAAAGAAAUACAAACUUGGAUGGCCGAAAAACGUGCCAAUAUGACUACAGCAGCUUCAAAGGCUGCUGAAAAUAAAAAUGAUGCAACAGACGCCAACAGUUGAAAUCACUUUGUUAACAACAUUAAAAACACCUAACCAAAGACAACAUGAAUAUUUGUUUGUUUGCAUUGUUGGACACUCACAUCCCCCCUUACACCUGUUGUUGUGUUAAGUUUUGAUUGUUUUUGUUUUAUUUAAUUAUUAGAUUUUAUGUUAACUCACCUUUAUAAUUUCGGAAAUUUGCAAUAUUGUAUUUUAUUUGGUUUUGUUGUGUAAAUAGUGUAUAGUCCAUAUUCCAUUAUACAUAUCGAUGGUCAUAAGUUGACUCACCGUAACUAAAAUUUUCUCCAAGAUAAACAAUAAUUGUUACGUUACGAGGUGACAACCUAUGACCAUUUGUAUGUUGUGUAUGUAUUGAUUAGAUAAAAUAGAUUAACUAUAUUUAAGUUAUUUGUAAACAUAAUGAUCGCUUCUACAUAAAUAUGUAUGAGUAUGCGUGGGUGCGUUCGUAAAUGCAGUAAUAUUACAUCACUGCAGCAUAAUACAAGUUUAGAAAAAGCAUAUUUGUCAUCACUAUUUUACGUCAAACGUUUUAUUAUGCAAAAUUUUUGAAAAAGGUUUGCAGGUCAUUGCAUCAGUGAUGCAGGAAUUUACUGUAUUUAUGAACGCAACCUCUAUGUACAUGAAAAUUGGUCGGCCCUAUGCAAACAAAAUAAAUAUUACUUGACGAUUCCAAAAAUGUAAAAAUUAUUUUUUGCCUCUCUUUGGUGAUUCUUGAAGCAGACACAUCUGCCUCAAAUACCUCACUUCCUUCCCUUCUAACGUAAAUUUAUUUUUUAACAAAAUGAAAAACCAUUAAAUUUUAUGAAAGUUUUGCAUAAAAAGUAUUUUUUUUUUCAUAAACAAUGGUGUUAUAGUGAUUAAAAAUACUAAUGUAUGUACAUUAGGGCUAUAACCAAAUUUUUGCCGUAGCACCACGCGAUGGCGAAUGUUGUGUUAUGUAGGAAAAAUUUUAAAUAUUUUAUGAAUAAAGUAAAAUAGUAAAGUGAAAAA